GUGACGGACCCGCCCAAAGGGCGGCGACUCUCAGGCCCGGGGGUGGCUGAGCCCUGGAUUCCGAGGCCGAGACACAGUCUAUUCGGGGCCAGAAACCAGCUCCAAUCCCACUGCAGAAGGACUGAAGGACAGGGACCUUUGGAACUCAACCACCUUCCCAAUGGCCGAACUGUGGCAAUACCUCCCUGAAGAAUUAUUGUCAUUGAUCUUCAGAUACUUGCCCCUUCGUGACCGAUAUGCAGUUUCUCAAGUCUGCCAGGCUUGGGCCACUGCUGUCAACUCAAGCUCUGUGUGGUACAUCACAGAUAUCAGCUGCGAACUGGAGGUAGACGCGGCGGCCUUGAAUCGUCUGGCCCCCUGCCUGGGUCAGAUCCGCCACCUGGGGCUGGAGUUUGACCCAUCCAAGAAGGGGAGCCGCCGGGCGGCCUCGGAGCUGCUGGCCGCGUUGGCCCGGCAGGGCCCCGGCCUGCAGGGGCUGCGCAUCGCUUGCAGAGGCGAGAACCCGCUCUUCUAUUCCGGACGGGACAUCCUGAGCGGACUGCUCCAAGUGUGCGUGGCGGGGCCGGGCCUGUGCGCGCUCAGACAGCUGGAUCUCCGAAGCAUGCCGUUCACUCUGGACGACGGGCUGGUGCUGCAGGUGGCGGCCUGCCCCGGACUCCGGGCCUUUCCUCCAACCGGGCGGUGUCAGCGGCGGGACGUGGCCCCUCCUGGCUGCCUGCCCUCACCCGGGCGCCGGUUUCCGACCGUGGCCCAGGUUUGCCCCCGCCAAGGGCGCCGCCCGCCCUUCCAGCACCUGGCGGUCUUCUGCGCGCGGCCCGACAACUACGCCGAGGGCAUACCCGACGACGCGUGGGCUGCCACCCGCAGGCGGCACCCGGGGCUCGCGGUGGACCUGGAGCUGGACCACACGGUGCCCGACGAGCGGGUCACGCUCCUCCUGCAGCCCGCCAUCCCCGUGACCACGCUGAGGCUCAACACGUUCGGCGACGUGGCCGAGGCCGUGCGCCUGGCCGGCCAGCACUACGCCGCCAGCCUGACCGCCCUGGUCGUGCGCGCCACGGCCUCGGCCGCCCUGAACUCGGCGCUGGAGGAGCUGGCGCGGGGCUGCGGCCUCCUGCGCGAGGUGCACUGCUACUGCGUGGUGGCCCGCCCGGGAGGUUCCCCGCCACGCCCUCCUCCGCCCGCCGGUUUCUCCCGGGAGCCGAUCCCUGGGCCCAAGAUGUCCGGUGGCAGCUUUAAGCCGGCCCGGGGAAAGGAGGGCCUGGAAACCCUCCCCCGCCUCCGGCCCUGCCCGGGAUUUGAAGAUGUGGUGAACGUGCAAGUGCACAACCUCACGCCCACACACGUGCAGACACAAGGCACAAGCAUCUUCAGAGGAAAAGCACUAGCUUAG